AUGAAGUUCUCCAUUGCAUUCGGUUUCAUGGCUGCUGGCCUCGUUGCCGCUGUCCCAUCGGCCAACCAGCUUCGAUCUGUCAGCGACGUGCUCCCCAACCUAAAGCGCGACGUCUCAGGCGCCGGCUUCGUGCACGUCGGCUCUGACAAUGUCGUGCGCGCCUUCGACAAGAACUUCAACGUGGUGGACUACGCGAGGCUCGACGACAAGGGCUCACUCGGAAAGGACCCCAGCGCAGAUGUUCUCGCCGAGGCCAAGCUCGCCAAAUCCAAGGCUAUCGAGCAGACCUCCAAGCCGCGCCAGCCAAGCCCCCUCGAUGCGCGCCAGGAGAAGAGCUGCCCUAGCCAGUCUUGCCCGGAUGACACCUACUGCAAGGACUUGUCUAUCUACGGAUACGACUGCUCGACUUGCCUGAGUGUUACGCACACCGUUGGUAACUGCCAGAAAUGA